AUGUGCGCCGAGAUGAAUCAAGAGGCGAACAAGGAACGCGCAACCUCCGGGUACCCGGACUGGUAUAAGCAAUACUACGUUCACGAAUGCGAUGCCGAGUGCCUAUUCAGCGGCAUCUGCCAUGCUAUCUUCUAUCUGUCGCUUGUGAUAGUUAGCGUACGAUUCCAAUGCGGACGCCUUGGCUACACAACACCACCCAUGGUUGAGCUUAUGACACGGGACAUCCGAGAGUUUUUGCUCAAACUGGGGAGCAGCGUCGUGCGCAACGAGUACGUGUCAAUCGUUGUUACUCGCUGCCAAACGGAGGUCGCGCGUUACAGCCACAAGCUUGUGCGUUUCCACCCUGUCCUGGAAUGCAUCCAUGAGUUCGUCGCGGCGUACAACAAGAACGAAUACUUGCAAUACUUUGUGGCCAUUCUCACGCUAGCAGUUUUGUACCACGUGUGCCUCUGGUUCGUGAGAGCCAUCACAGAUUACUUGAGGGAAAGGAAAAUGCUCUACUUCUGUGCCAACAUGCAACCUGCCGGAGCGGCCAACCGCGGUGUCUACACCAAGAUAAUGGUCGAGAAACUCAAGAACACACCUGAGUUUCGCAGGCUCAAACAGCAGCGGAUGCACCAGGGACCGGAGGCGUGGAACUGGCAAACCAGGCAGCGUAUGGGCGAGCGCAUGCCCUCCGACGAAAUGUCCGACCACGAGUUGAAUGAAGCGCUUUCGGGCUACCCAAUCGCCUAA